CCUCUAUUGAUUCUCUUUUUUUUAUUUCACGACAAAACUGUAUUAUUUUUUGACUUUACAUUUAAAUUUUUAGAGACCAAAUAUUUCAAUUACGUAAUUGUGACGGCAAAAAACCCGAUACCGAUAACACUACAGCCGCUCUAUCCAGUGAAGAUUCGAUUCCGCAACGCACUCUUCGACAGGCCACAAAAACCAAAGCAAAAUUAGAAAACAAAACGUCAAACUGAAGAUACAAAACAGAAAAGAAUUGAAAAGGAUAAAAAUUGUCGAUCAAAAGAAGAAUCGUAUCAAAAGUUUUCUAUUAUCUAAAUAAUUCAAAGUGAAAUCUUAAAUUUAAAAAUAUUCUGAAUUACUGGGUAAAAAACUAAAGCUAACUGGUCGUCCUGAUAGGAUCUUUCCUUUGUAAUAGCUUCACCAAAAUUGUGAGUCACAUGAGAUGAAAUCCCACCAAAUUCUAAUAAAAUGCUUUGCAGCAAAAAGUCAACCACAACCAUAUCGUGUUUUCUUUCUUGACUUGGUGCAAUCUAACCCAACAAAAUCUUUUUGAAUUUUGUACGUGGGUAGCAAGGAUGGAAAGACAUCUAGACACUCCAGAAUACAACUGUAAAGGAUGUAAUCGUCCCGACAACGCGGAUACAGAAAUGGUAUGCUGUGAUGGGUGCCACGAAUGGGAACAUUUUUCUUGCGCGGGUGUAGAUGACACAGUGCGAAAUCGUGCGUAUAUCUGUAAAGUGUGCAAAGCGAAAACUACAGUAACAGAAGCGCUUAAGCCUCUGAAACCUUCUACGUCGGAUAAUAAAUCGGCUCAUAUGUCCCAGAAAUCCAAGAGCGGGUCUAAGCGUGGAAAGAAAGUUCCACAAUCGAAGUCACAAUCAAGUGUAGCAUCCAGUGCAAGAGUAGCAUUGCUGCAGGAGGAAAUGAAGAUCGCCGAGGAAGAAACCUUAUUGAAAGAGCAGGAAUUGAAGCAACAGCAGCAGUUGAAGAAGCGGGAAAUGGAGGUGUUACGUCGCCAACUGGAUGAAAAGAAGAAAAUCGUAGCAGAAGAAAUGCGACUACAACAGUUACAAAUUUCCGAGGAGAUGGAAUUUAAUAAAAAUCAACAUAUGAUCCGGCGGCAGUCUAUAGAAAUGCGACGGGAAAUAAUUCGUCAAAUAUCAUCGGGAAGCAGUAGGAGUAGUUCAAUACCCGACUCUAGAGAGAAGGUGUCAUCUUGGUUGAAUGUCCACAACGACGCUGGAAGAUCGAUGGAAAACACUAUGCGCAACGAUACCACAAAGGAAGAGGAAAUUCCCGUUUCGCAUAUAAACCGGUGUUCCGAAGACCCAGCGACUACUUCUACGAUGAGUAAACAGGUUCGCACAACUCAGCAGCCUAAAGCCACAAUCUCAAUAAACACCGAAGGUGCAGGUAUGAAUACUGUACCUAUGUAUCAGGACCCGUCCCAAAAUAAACCUAGCGUAGUAAAUUCGCUACAACCACCGAUCAUAUCAAGUGGCGUUGCGACAGCUGCUCAAACACACGUACCUCAGUGUCAGACAACAACGCGAACUGUUUUCCCGAAUCAUGUAAAUCCAGGCUUAACGAAUUGUCCAGGGUCGUCAUCAUGGAUCCACCCCCCUCAAUUCGAAAUUAGGAAUUCGAACAAUGUUCCUAUUGCUUCCAGUUUCCCAGCCUGUAUACCGGAAAAUCCCAUGUCUUCACAGCCCACGAUGGCAUUCUCUCAGCAGCACUGUCCAUCAAUGCUUGGUCCACAACUGAAUCAAUUUCAAGUGGCAUCUCGACAAUCGAUGGGGAGAGAUUUACCUAUCUUCACCGGAAACCCCGAAGAAUGGCCGGUGCUCAUUGCAAGUUUUGAACAAUCGACUCUAGCAUGUGGAUUCUCUAACGCGGAAAAUUUAAUCCGUCUACAACGAUGCCUGAAAGGACAUGCCCUGGAAUCGGUGAGAAGUCGUUUGCUUUUACCUACGAGCGUACCACACGUUAUACAGACUCUACGUACACUAUACGGUCGACCUGAACUGUUGAUACGGGUAUUAUUGGAAAAAGUACAACAAUCGCCCGCCCCCAAACCGGGACGUUUGGAGACAUUAGUACAAUUCGGAUUGACUGUCCAGAAUCUUGUAGACCAUCUAGUGGGAGCAAACCAAAAGGAUCACCUUUCCAACCCAAUUUUAAUGCAACAGCUAGUCGAUAAACUUCCUGAUCAUUUGAAACUUAAUUGGGGCAUAUAUAAAGGCAAUUAUCAAAACGCUUCACUCGCGACAUUUGGCCAAUUCAUGACUGGAGUGAUCGAAGCUGCUAGCGCAGUCAAUUUCGACUUGCCGUGGGUCGAAAAGCAAGACUGGAAUGAAAAAAGAAAAAGGGAAAAAGGUGUUAUCCAUACCCACUCGACGGAGCAAGUUGUUCCAGUCGACGAAGCUUCUUCAACGAUAAUAAACCGAAAACCUGUUAAAACAUGUCCUUUAUGUGGUCAUGAAGGUCACCGGCUACCUGAUUGUAAUCAAUUCGUGACUCUGAAUUGUGAUCAAAGGUGGAAGGUAGUCCAACAGAAAAACCUGUGCAGAACAUGUCUCAAUAACCACGGUAAAUGGCCAUGCAGGUCUUGGCAGGGUUGUAGUAUGGACGGAUGUAGACAAAAGCACCAUACUCUUCUACAUAGUACAACGACAACAUCGAGCAAUGUAUCAGCAAGUCACCUUUCUCUGAGUACAUCAACGCAUUCCAUAUUGCGAAUGAUUCCGGUUGUCCUGCGUAAUAACGGACGAACCAAGGCGAUUUUUGCCUUCAUCGACGAAGGUUCAUCACUCACAUUAUUGGAACAAUCAAUUGCCGAACAUUUGGGAGUGGUCGGAACGCCGGAACCACUAACAUUGCAGUGGACGGGAAAUGUAAAACGGGAAGAACGAAAAUCUCAUCGAGUAUUACUGGAAAUAUCCGGAAAAAGUAACACUAAUCGUCGAGAAACACUGCACGCGCGAACUGUUACCCAUCUACGUUUACCUUCACAAACAGUUAGAUAUCGUGAGCUCUCCCAACGAUUUCCUCACCUGCGUGGACUGCCAUUAGAAGACUACGAGCUUAUACAACCGAAACUGCUUAUAGGGCUCGACAAUCUUGCCUUAGGAGUUCCUUUGAAAAUACGUCAAGGAAAUCGAAAUGAUCCAAUUGCGGCUAAAUGCCGACUGGGAUGGAGUAUCUACGGCGGUUCUCCUAGCCAUCCUGGACAAGCAUCAAUCCUCAACUUCCAUGUUGGUGUUGUUUCCGACCCUGAUAGGGAGCUAAAUGAGCAGCUUCGGGAUUAUUUUACUCUAGAAAAUACUGGAACUAUUUCAUUAGAAAAACUAGAAUCAGAGGAUGACAAGCGAGCCAGAAAGAUCUUGAGGGAAACUACUAAGCGUAUUGCGAUCGGAUUUGAAACUGGGCUAUUGUGGAGAACUGAUGAUCCUGUGGUUCCAAACAGCUAUUCAAUGGCGUAUCGUCGGUUAGUCUCACUUGAGAGGAAGUUGGAGAAAGAUCCCCCUUUGAAGCAACGGAUCCACGCCAUGAUAGCAGACUAUGAAGGGAAAGGCUACGCUCAUAAGGCUACAAGCGAAGAACUAUCUUUAACGAACCAAAACCGAGUGUGGUACCUUCCAUUGGGUGUCGUUUCUAACCCAAAGAAACCACACAAAAUCAGAUUAAUCUGGGACGCUGCUGCCAAAACCGAAGGAGUCUGUUUUAACUCUCUUCUGUUGAAAGGUCCUGACCUAUUGACUCCACUUCCACAAGUCCUAAGUCAGUUUCGUCAAUUUCCCGUUGCAGUGUGUGGAGACAUCCGGGAGAUGUUCCACCAAAUAAAAAUCCGUGAGCCAGAUCGGCAAUCUCAACGUUUCCUAUGGCGUAGCACUCCAAUUGAACCACCAACUGUAUAUGUCAUGGACGUAGCCACUUUCGGGUCCACCUGUUCUCCUGCGUCGGCACAAUAUGUGAAGAACCUCAACGCAUCGGAAGCUGCUCAACAAUUUCCCCGGGCUGCUGCCGCCAUUACAUUGAAUCACUAUGUGGACGAUUAUCUGGCUAGUUUCUCGUCAAUUAAGGAGGCGAUAGCAGUGAUCAACGAAGUCAAGCAGGUACAUGCUAUGGGUGGGUUCGAAAUACGGAAUUUUCUAUCGAACAAAUCAGAAGUCUUGCGUGGCAUAGGCGAAUUGGAAAAUGGUGUCGAAAAAGAACUUGAUUUGGUAAGAGGCGAAUCCUCUCAAUCUGUCCUUGGAAUGAUUUGGUUUCCCAAGACCGAUGAAUUUGCAUACACAUUCUCUAUGCGAAAAGAUAUUUUACCGAUUCUCGCCAAGGAUCACGUUCCUACCAAACGAGAAGUUCUCAAAGUGGUAAUGAGUUUGUUUGACCCCUUGGGACUUCUGGCCUUUUUUCUAAUACAUGGGAAAAUACUCAUUCAAAAUACGUGGCUCGAGGGAUCAGGUUGGGACGAUCCUAUCUCGAACAAACUGCAAAAACGAUGGCAGUGGUGGACUGAUCUUUUUCCGCAACUGGAGUUAUUGAGAAUUCCUCGGUGUUAUUUCCCGGCUCCGUUUCCAAUUAAUUCACACGAGCUGGAAGUACAUAUCUUCGUAGAUGCCAGUGAGCUGGCAUAUUCUUGCGUAGCAUAUUUCCGCCUGUUAACGGAGAAUAACAUUAUCGUUGCGCUUAUAAGCGCAAAGACCAAGGUAGCCCCCAUAAAGUCUCUCUCGAUACCCCGCCUGGAAUUAAAAGCGGCUGUUCUGGGCACACGCCUGAUGGAGUCUAUUAAAAGUCAGCACACACUCCCCAUUUCACGAAAAGUGUUCUGGAGUGACUCCAGCACCGUUCUGGCCUGGAUUCGAUCUGACCAUCGUCGUUACAACAAAUUUGUAAGUUUCCGAAUCGGUGAAAUACUGAGUUCCAGUGAACCGAAUGAAUGGAAGUGGGUACCUUCCAAACUGAAUGCAGCAGACGCCGCAACGAAGUGGGAGAAUGGAUCCGAAAUUAAAUCUGACAGCCGAUGGUUCCUAGGACCCAGUUUUCUGCGGUUGUCUGAAGAACGGUGGCCAAAACAAAAGUCUGUGUCAAUCACCGAAGAAGAAUUACGACCGGUUCAUACUCACUGGGAAAGAGAGCCAAUCAUCGACAUCACUCGAUUCAGUCAGUGGGCAAGAUUACUUCGUACGAUGGGAUAUGUUUUACGCUUUAUCCACAAUCUUCUACAUAAAAAACUCAAUUUACCUCCUGAAUCAGGUGUACUGACCCGAGAGGAAAUUAGAGGAGCAGAAGAAGCGCUGUGGAAAAUAGCGCAGUCAGACGAGUUUUUUGAGGAAACGAAAUUGCUGAAGGAGACCCAAGGGCCACCCCAUGCUGUACAUUGCGUCGUCGCUAAAUCAAGUCCUAUAUACCGAGCUUGGCCAUUUCUAGAUGAUCGAGGAGUCCUGAGAAUGCGGGGUCGUAUUGGUGCUACAAAAUUUGCAUCAUACGAAGCAAAAUAUCCAGCUAUUCUGCCAAGAAAACAUCCUAUAACCUUCCUAAUAACUGACUGGUAUCAUCGCCGCUUCCGCCAUGGUAAUAAGGAAUCAAUUGUGAACGAGAUGCGCCAGCGUUUCGAAAUCUCCAAACUACGGACAUUGGUGAAGAAGGUUAUGGCGAGAUGCGUCUGGUGCCACGUUAUGAAGACCAAACCGAAGUCUCCACCCAUGGCAUCACUUCCGGAUGCUCGAGUAAGCGCAUUUGUUAGACCUUUUACAUUUGUUGGGUUGGAUUAUUUUGGUCCAGUGUUCGUUCGAGUUGGUAGGAAUCAGGCCAAACGUUGGGUGGCUCUCUUCACCUGCCUCACCAUUCGAGCCGUACACUUAGAGGUAGUGCACACCCUAUCAACAGAGUCUUGCAUUAUGGCAGUUAGGCGAUUCGUUGCACGUCGAGGAUCUCCCGCCGUAUUCUAUACGGAUAAUGCGACAUGUUUUCAUGGUGCAGAUAAAGAGCUACAAUCUCAGGUCGACAUUCGAAACAGAGCUUUAGCGUCUACGUUCACCAGUUCCCAAACCAGCUGGAAAUUCAUUCCCCCUGCUGCUCCCCAUAUGGGAGGAGCAUGGGAGCGACUUGUCCGUUCUGUAAAAAUAGCAGUUGGCACAAUAAUAGAUGCUCCCCGCAAACCCGACGACGAAACUCUGGAGACUGUUUUAUACGAUGCUGAGGCCAUGAUAAAUUCUAGGCCCCUGACGUACAUUCCACUGGAAGAUGCUGACCAGGAGGCACUGACUCCCAAUCAUUUUUUGCUGGGUAGCUCUUCCGGCAUUAAAAUUGAACCCGUAGAGACAGGCAACCGCUCCAUCCUGCGGAGUAGUUGGAAACUCGCUCAGCACAUCACUGACGAGUUCUGGCGGAGGUGGGUGAAGGAAUACCUACCAGUUAUAACUCGAAGAUGUAAGUGGUUCGAAGAGACGAAAAACAUAGAGGUGGGAGAUUUGGUACUGGUCGUGAACGGUACAGGAAGGAACCAAUGGAUACGUGGACGUGUGGAACAGGUUUUCUCAGGACGCGAUGGGAGAGUUCGUCAGGCGAUGAUACGAACUGCGACUGGUGUUCUACGGCGACCGGUGGUUAAGCUAGCGAUUUUGGACGUCGAGAAAGUUAGUAAACCCAAUCAAGAGUCUACAGGGGAUCAGGACCAUUACAUGGGUUUACGGGCGGGGGUAUGUGACGGCAAAAAACCCGAUACCGAUAACACUACAGCCGCUCUAUCCAGUGAAGAUUCGAUUCCGCAACGCACUCUUCGACAGGCCACAAAAACCAAAGCAAAAUUAGAAAACAAAACGUCAAACUGAAGAUACAAAACAGAAAAGAAUUGAAAAGGAUAAAAAUUGUCGAUCAAAAGAAGAAUCGUAUCAAAAGUUUUCUAUUAUCUAAAUAAUUCAAAGUGAAAUCUUAAAUUUAAAAAUAUUCUGAAUUACAGUGGGUAAAAAACUAAAGCUAACUGGUCGUCCUGAUAGGAUCUUUCCUUUGUAAUAGCUUCACCAAAAUUGUGAGUCACAUGAGAUGAAAUCCCACCAAAUUCUAAUAAAAUGCUUUGCAGCAAAAAGUCAACCACAACCAUAUCGUGUUUUCUUUCUUGACUUGGUGCAAUCUAA